AACCUUGGGUACACACUGGAGGGCGAGGCUGAACUGUCUUGUGUAGAUGGAAGAUGGAACACUGCCACUCCUAAGUGUAAAGGUUAGCGUUAACUCUUGUUUUUUAAAAUAUAAGCUUGUGUUGAUUUUGGAGGUAAAAGGGGUUGUUAAAUUUGCAACUUUUUAAAUUUCGUGACAGAUUUCGGUCAUGGUUGCAAAGUGAGCUACAUACCCCGCAACUUUGAACCGUUUAAAGAAGAAUUAACUGGCGUGGGUCUAUUCAAUUUGCAGUUACUUAAUACCCUGCUAUCUUCAUUUCUUGUAUUAGUUCAUUAUAUGUAAACGACAAAGGCUAAAACAUUAACCACCCUGUAAUUAUUACGAUAGCUGUUAAGUGUGGUAACCCUGGCAAACCAACAAACGGAAAGCAGAUUGUCAAGAAAGGCUACGUCUAUGGUGGAUCAGUCAAGUUUGCUUGUGACAAGAAUUACACUCUA